AUGUCCUCUUCCAAGUACUUACAAGGUCUGAAAACAUUUAUUGAAACAUGCGCAAAAUCUAAAAACUUCCAUCAGUUUGCUGGGCAGAUACGACCAAUCUCCGCAUCAGAAGGACAUGUAAAAGUGGAGUUCGAGGUGAUACCAGCAAUGCUAAAUCCUGGAGGGACUCUGCAUGGUGGUUGCACGGCUACACUUGUCGAUAUGUUCACCACUUGUGCAUGUGUAGCUUCUCCACGUGGUCUUCCUGGUGUUAGUGUGGAUAUGCACAUAACAUACCUGUCGGCUGCUAAGGAAGGAGAGACUGUCGUCAUAGAUGCUCAAGUUAUUCGUGAAGGUAAAACACUUAGUUUCACGAAGGCCGAUCUCACUCUUAAGGCCACUGAUAAAAUAAUUGCGACUGGACUACACACGAAAGCUUUCCCUCGCCCUAAAACCACAGAGAAAUCUUGA